AUGUCGGCUGCCGAGGCUUCUUCAUCGGGCCUUUUGGAGGAGGAGCCCUGCCUGCUGCCUCCGGAGCCGUCAGCCGAGAGGGUGGCCGCUCGGAUACGGGCCGUGGCUCGGUUCCUGCGCCGGGCCCUGCCGCUGUGCCUGGCUCACACGGUGGACUUUUACACGCGAGGCCUGUGGGAGAAGAUGGUGGCGCUUCCCCCGGAGACGGUGCUGGAGGCGCUGAGCGGAGACAGGCUUCGGAGGCUCCUGGAAGAGGCGCCGGAGCAGCGCCCUCUGGAGGAGCCCGCCGGUGAGUUUUACAACAUUUUUUGUGAAAAAUCUCAGAGGUUGAUUAAUGUGCAAGCUUUUGCUUUAGCCGCUAAGUGUUACUCUAUGCCAAACCUUGGAGUAUGUAUCCCAUUGGAACAGAUGCUUGAAAUUCUGAACAGGAAACAGCAGCCAGAAUCUGGUACAGAGAUGAAAACAGAUGAAUUCAUGAAUAAUAAGAAGUCACAUGAAGUUCAAUUGAUGUCAGAAUUAGUUUAUGGCAUAGCAAAAUAUUGUGGCUUAAGCCAGGUUAUUGACCUGGGCUCUGGUAAAGGCUACCUGAGCUCCUUCCUGUCACUGCAGUAUGGUUUGAAGGUUUAUGGAAUUGAUUCCUCAAAUACAAACACCCAUGGAGCUAAUGAAAGAAACAGGAAAUUGAAGAAACACUGGACAGCCUAUCAAAGAAGGGCAAGAGCCAAUGUCAGAGGCCACGUACUGGAAGAGAAAAAGGAAAGGCCAGAGCAAGAUAAAGAGAAAUGUAAAGCAAAUAGCAGUGAAAAUCUCUUAAGUACUAAUAACAGUCUUCAAAGUCAGGCCCAGGUGGCUGCUCCAGAUUCCAUUCUUUCUCAAACAGCUGAUGUUUUCACAGACUCUAAUAUAUGUAUUACUAACAAACAGUAUGAACUUCAUUCUGGGGCCCAGCUGCAGUCUGAUGAGAGCAACACUCCAGAAAAUGUGUUUCUUAAUAUUCUGCCUGCUGAUGCCGUAGAAGCUGACUCUUCACCCAGAAGUAAUUGCAGGGAGCUCUGUGAAGAGGAGAAAGAACGGAGAAAAAUGGCUUCCCUUAAAGCCAAAGCAAGCAGGUCAAAAGAAGCCAAUGUAUAUUCUCCAUUAACUUCAUACAUCACGGCAAACACAGAACUCCGCGAUAUUGUUCAAGAUCUGGAGGACUGUAUGCUUGUGGGCCUUCAUACUUGUGGUGAUCUUGCACCAAGCACCCUACGGCUUUUUAAUGCUAAGCCUGAAAUCAAGGCAGUUUGUAGUGUGGGUUGCUGCUACCAUCUGCUAUCAGAAGAACAUGAAAUUGAGAAAGAUGGUACUCAUAGAGUAUGGGGUUUCCCCUUGUGCCAAUAUUUAAAAGAAGAAGGUUGGUUCUGUGGACGUAACGCCAGAAUGGCAGCCUGUUUGGCUUUGGAGCGAGUUGCAGUUGGCCAAAUGCUGCCUACUGAAUCAUUGUUUUAUCGAGCUGUACUGCAGGUUAUUGUAGUAGAAGAAUAUGGAGUCAAAAGAAGUGAUCGUAAUAUUGGAAAAGUAUAUUCCAAAACAUCUUCCUUCCUGGAUUAUGUCAGGAAAUCUUUAAAAAAGCUUGAACUUGAUGAGUCAAAGAUUUCAGACAGCCGCGUAAUGGAGUACUUUGAAAAAUACAAGCACAGAAUGAAUGAGAUGGAAGCUUUUAAUAUGCUGAAAGUUGUCCUGGGACCUUGCAUAGAAGUACUGAUCCUUCUAGAUCGUCUCUGUUACCUUCAGGAACAGGACAACAUUGCCUGGUCUGGACUGGUAAAGCUUUUUGAUCCCAUAAAAUCCCCCAGAUGCUAUGCAGUUGUGUCUCUGAAGAAACGGGCGUUUCACAUGCAAGCAAACGGCUAAAUUGAUCCAGACUUCGUAACUGGUAUUACUGUUGUAUUUUGAGUUCAGUUUGUUUUCUACAGUUGUUCUAAAAUUAUUUUUAAAAUCUGUUGCUUUUUUUAAAUGUUUGGUAUAUUUAUGAUAAAUUCAUCAUUAGAAAAAUAAAAUAAAUCUAUUUUGUAUGCCUGAUUAUUCUAAAUUAUUAAUAAAACAGGAAACGUGAAACUUUAUCCUAGCUUUAUAUGUCAUGGGGAUGCUUCAUUUCUCUAUGAAAAAUAAGCAAACUGUAGGCCAGAAAACACAUAUUACAGAUUGUCCAUAAACAGAUCUCCCAAUUAAAAAUGUUAAGUUAGCUGUGUCUGUUUCUAUUUAGCCUUUUCUCACACAUUUUGUUCAGAUUAAUCUCCCCCAACCACUUUAUCCCCAGAAAUUACUCUUGGCAACUUCUUUAGUGGCACUGUUUAAUAAUUAUAACCAGUAUAAGUAUGGGCUAGCAGAAAGUUGGAUAAUUUCCUUCCUUCCAGCCAUCAAAUCUCAUUUUUGCAAUCCCAAAGCCCCCCCCCCCAAAAAAAAACCCUCAACUUUUUUUUAAGUUUCAGCACAAUUUGAGGGCAUUUUUGCCUGAAUGAUGCUCAGAAAAUUCCCAAAAGCUAUAGAAGUAUUCCUAAAAUUUCUAUUUUCACAGAAAUCCUUAAAGUUUCACCAUUUCUAAAGGAAUCUGAAGACAAUAGAAAAUAGAGCACUAUUGGUGUGGCCCAUGUGGCAGUUUGGGAGAAAUUGUCCCCUGACUCCUGUGUAGUUGCCUGUCCAUGCUUAAAAGAGUUGCACAUGGUCAGGGAAUCUGUUGUCUCAUCCUCAUUCUUUGCUUCUCAUCAGAGUCAGUGCCUACUUACUUAAUGCCGCCUCGGGUUGUUUGCCUAGUAAAUAGUUAUUAGUGCUUCAUUGCUAUUUGAUCUUCUCCUUACAUAUCCAUACCUCAUAGGGUUUUUGUGAAAAUUGAAUUAUAUGUAGCUAACAAGGACAAGUUUAACACUUAGUUGCAACAAUAAUUUUCCCCAAAGUAUUUAUAUUUGUUAGGGAGCUAUGGCCAAGCCCCAGUUUUUUGGUAUAUGCUCCCCUUCCACAGUGGUAUAUAUUAGCAGCCUGCAAAGUGUUUGUGUUCAUGUAUGUUUGUAUACACUAAAACAUAACUCUUGAAGACCUAAGUUCUCCAGUUUUUCUCUUCACUGAAUACACCCAUAUUGAUUGACCAGUGUUUAAAAUGCACUAUAUAAUAAUUUAAUCAGAUGUAAUGGUGUAACAUGGGUAUAGCUCAGUUAACGAUGGAGAUGUGUUCCUGGGAUUUGCUUCUUUAACAGAAACUUUGGUACCAGAAGUAGAAAUAACAUGGAAAGAAGACCUGUUCAACAUGUUUUAGCACAGAAACAAUGAAUUUCCACCAGACAGAAAGUAAGAAAAGGGAUGCUGGACUGGGCUCUGGUAAAAAAAAAAAAAAAAACUUUAUAAAAGGAAGCUGCUUUGUCAGAGGCUUCAUUAACAACGGUAUGCCUGUUUGGGUUUUUAAAUUUAAUUUGUGAAUAUGUUACCUUGAAGAACUAAGGGGGUAACUCAAAGUGGUAGAAAUAAUAUCUGAUGUUUUUAUAUUAUACUACCUUGGGGACCCGGUGGAGGACACUGGCAGGGUUUGGGCUACAUGAUCAUGUUGGUCACUAUAUCAUGCAUGUCAGUGGAGGGAAAGCUAUGGGUGUCUCCUGCUCAGUGAGAACUAUAGCUGUUUGUGGAGGUGGGAGGCUGUUUGUGCAAGUGGACACCUCCUCCACAUACACAUAUACACAUUUUUCACUUUUAUUAAGUGUAUAGAAGAUUUUAAAGUUUUAUAUUAUAUUUUAUAUUUUAAAUUUUUUUUUCAUAACAUAUUUGUAUGAAUGAUCUUUCAGACAUUCUCAAUAAAGACAUCUAAAGCGCACAUUUGUAAUUACACUACUCCCUAGGACUAAUGUUGCAUCCAUUCACCUUUUUUAACUCUCCUGAGAAAGAGUGAAGGGCGCUUUCUGAAAAUGUCGGGGAUCAGUAGUUUACCUUUUGAAUACAUGGGGAUACACUGUGUAAUAUUCUUUUUUUAAAAGCACAAUUUCAUCCACUUCCUCCCCCUCCCCCCUUUGCUUUGGGGAGAAAAUUGUUCCUAAAAACAGCUGUAGUUAGCCUUUCUGUACUGCUCCAGUAAUGAAUAGGAGAGUAGCAACAAGAAAAGUUAUAUCCAAAUGUUAGUACUAAUUGGUACAGGCCUACAGUGUAAAUGUGAUAAGUCGAUAGUUAAAUAAAUAGCAUUGAUUCAGUAGGUAUACUUUACUGGGGGCUAACAACUGGAUUUAGGUCAGUGCUGCUGGACAGCCUGGAUUUAGGUCAGUGCUGUUGGAUAGUAAAUGAAUAAAAUGUAUUUGUGUGAUCA